AUGUGGAUCCCAAGAACUGGGAGCCAGAACAGCCAGCCGGGCCUACUCGAAUAUGUACCGCAGAGCAAGCAGGGCUGCGUGGUCUUUACGACGCGGAGCAGGAAAAUUGCUCUUAGACUGUCGCCGGAUGGGCUUAGAGAAAGAGUUCCGCAAAUGGAUGACAAGACUGCCCUUCAACUCCUAUCUGGCCGACUCAACCGAGAAGUGCCAGAGAGGCAUGAGGAAGGUCACGCACUCAUCAAGAAACUGUGCCACUUGCCACUGGCGAUUGUCCAGGCAGCUGCAUAUAUUGACGCGAAUCAGUCCUCUUGCGCAGAAUAUCUCGAUCUUCUCGACGAAAAGGAGGAAGACGUGGUCAAGCUUUUAAGCGAGAAUUUUGGGGAUGAAGGGGGCUACCACACGUUUAAAGACCCUGUGGCCUCGACCUGGCUCAUUUCUUUCAAGCAGAUGCAGCAGUCAGACCCUGUGGCAUUUGAGUACCUGUCGAUUAUGUCCUGCUUUGAUUCCAAGGACAUCCCGCAAUCUCUUUUGCCGCCUAAUAAGUCGCGUAAAGAGGAAGUGGAUGCCAUGGGAACAUUGUCGGCGUACUCAUUUGUCAGCCGACAGCUGACAACGACAUUCCUUGAUACGCACGGGCUAGUACAUCUUGCAAUGCGGAACUGGCUGAAGGAAGAAGAAAAGACCUUUACCUUAUGGAUGCACAAGGCAGUUACAAGGUUAGAUGCCGUGUUCCCAGCCUUGGACCACGCGGCUGUGGACCUCGAGAGCAGGAACGUGUGGAGACCAUACUUGCCGCAUGCGCGCCAUCUCUUGCGAUUCUGCCUUUCGGGAGAGGCGGGUGAACGAGGAACAAGCGUUGUAUGGAAGUUUGGUCUGUGUGCGUACAUAGAUGGGUCGUACAGUGAAGCCGAGAGCUGCUUUUCGUAUGUAAUGGAGACGCGCAAGAGGGCACUAGGAGCCGAGCAUCCCUCCACGCUAGACAGCAUGCAUUGUCUGGCGUCGACGUACAGACAGCAGCAGGGCCGAUGGGAGGAGGCGGAGAGGCUUGAGGUGCAGGUGCUGGAAACUCGCAAGAGGGCACCAGGGGCCGAGCAUCGCUCGACGCUAGCUUGUAUGGCUUUCCCAGCAUUAACACAUAAAAACCAGGAGCAAUGGGAGGAGGCAGACGUGGCAGAGAGGCUUGAAGCAUAG